GUCGCGUCACAGCCACGGAACCCUGCAUUCGAGCUCAUCGAGGCUCUCCACACACGCCCUUCUUCACCGUGGAAUGGGCCCGCCCAAAUGCAGCCUUCAGUUGCGAUAGUGCGCCAUGACGUAUUGGCCCAUUUCCUCGCCCUCCGUGUUCGCGGCCACCAAGGAGACGAGAACGAGAGCCACUGCCGUGUCCCACGAUGGCGCCGAUGACGCGCCCGACAGCUCCGUGGCCGGCUCGGAAGAGCGCACGGAGAGCGAGAUAUCGGAAAGCGCAGAAGCAGGGGAUGGGGUAGGAGAAACAGGCACUGAGGCGCAACCGCAUCCACCAACGCCCACCGAAGGCGAGCAUGUUGCUGAAGAUGACAUUACGGGCGAUAUACUGGCUAUCAAAGUCACCAGGAGCGGUCACAUGUUCGCGACCAUCACGCGGUCCACGUUGACCAUAUGGCAGACCAAGCCCACGGCCGUCCUCGCUUCCGUCCUUCGCUCUGAUAACUCGUUGAGAACGUACGGUCCGAACGUGAACAUUCUCCUCCGCCCCGACUCGCAGAUCUUCGUUGUGCAGACCGCACUCGGCUAUCUGAUCACGUACUCGCUCGCGACAGACCCCUCCUCGCGCGUGUACAAGACUCAGUUCGCGCAUACCAGUGUUGGGCAUGCUCGCAACAAGAGCUCCGUUAGCGGCUUCAAGAUACCCCGCCAGCACGACCAGAAUGCGGGACCGGGCGAGGGCAGCGGCAUCAAGGAGGCCAGUCUCAAGUUCCGCAUGGUGAUAAGAGUCGAUGCCGGCAUUGCGUGGGCACUCGCGCUCGACGACGAGCUCAUCGUGGCUACGACCAAGCCUGCCGCCGUUCAGUGCAUUAGAUGGGCUCCCGAUAGCAGCGGGACCCAGACGAGCACCGAACUUUUGAGCCGCAUGCCGUGGCUCGACAAGAACGUUUCUGUGGGCGACAUGAUACAUGACCGCCCCAUGAACUUGUCUGCCUGGAUCACACGAGACGGCAAGGCGUACGCUGUGCAAAGGCUUCCACCGAAUACGCUGCAGGACGGAAAGUCGCAUCCUAAGCUCUUUCGAGGCUAUGCAUUCCACUGCCCGGAGAAGGAGGAAGAACAUGGCGUCAAAGCGGCCAUUAAUGCGCGCUUCUCGUUGUUAGCAAUUGGGUGCGAGAACGGCGAGAUUUACGUAUAUACAGCAAAGGACUACAAAGGCGACAUUCCCCUCUCGCAUAAGCUGAAGCCGAAUGCAACGAGUACUGGGAAAUUGACCGUGUUGGCAUACUCUCCCGAUGGGUACUGUCUCUUCGCAGGUUACGAGAACGGGUGGGCUAUGUGGAGCGUGUAUGGGAAACCGGGCGCUACGAGCUUCACCACCGAUAGGACCCUGUCCGCAACCAACAGCGAGGGAUGGCUGCUCGGCAUCAAAGACGCUUUCUGGAUUGGCGGCGGAGCAGAGCUGUUGCUUUUAGGGCACAACGACAACCGGCUCUUUCUGCUUGAAAUGGCUCGUAGCGCAGUCACAGGGUGUUUCUCUUCAGCCAAUGUAUCGCGUUCCCUGAUGCAGACUAGCACCGGCUUCAUGAUGUAUCGUGGCUACGAACUGCCAGAUCUCACGACUAUAUCUGCGGACGUAUCACUGUGGCAUCAUGUCCAGGUCCCAUCGCAUUAUCUCGUGGACCAGUGGCCGAUCCGGUGCGCAGUCAUUUCGAACGAUGGCAGAUACGUCGCAGUGGCAGGAAAGAGAGGACUUGCUCACUACAGUGUCAAUAGCGGACGGUGGAAAACGUUCGACGAUCCGUUCGUGGAGAAUGAAUUUACCGUCCGCGGAGGCAUGUGCUGGUUCCAACACGUGCUCAUCGCAGCCAUUGAAGCCCAAGACUCACAUCAGAUUCGCAUCUACUCUCGCGAGCAGGCUCUCGACAACGACCACAUAAUGCACAUUCAGCAUCUACCCGCGCCAAUCGUAUUAAUAGCCCCUUCAGGCGAGGAUUCACUUCUAGUCUAUACUUACGAAAACAUUCUAUAUCACUAUGUAAUUGGCGUUACGAAUGCUACAGUCACGUUGGUUCAGGUUGGCCAGAUAGCAUUGCAUGGCAUCAUACGUGCACCGCCACGCGUGCGUGCGCUUAGUUGGAUCUUGCCUGAGGAACAAAUCCACAACGGCGAUCCAUCGCAAGAUGUGGCUGUGGCAACCAUCCUUUUCGCUGUGGACGGUAAACUCGUCCUACUCCAACCAACGACGACCGAAGGCGGCGAACUCAAAUACGAGAUGCGCAUCAUUGCUCAAAACGUCGAAACCUACGCCCUCAUGCGCGAUCACCCUGCCUUCGCGCUAACCAUGCAAGACGACUCCUUACCGCCUAGCCCCUCUGCAGGGCUCGCGAUCGAUAACGUACAUGGCCACGAUCUCCGCGACAGCCUCUGGUUCUUCGACGGCCACGACGUCAAAGUCUGGAUCGACAUCCAAGACGUCCUGCGCACCGCGUCCGCCGAGCUCGGCCGCGAGCUCCCCUCCCCCGUCGCCAUCCCCGUCGACUUCUACCCGCUCGCCAGCCUCCUCAACAAAGCCAUCAUUUUCGGCGUCGAGCCCGACCUCGUCCAGCGCCGCGACACCUCCUUCGCGCACCUUCGCUUCGCCACGCGGACGCACCUCUUCCUCCCCGCGCUCCUGCGCCACCAUCUCGCGCAGUUCAAUCACCCAGCUGCGCUCCACCUGUCACACCACUACACGCCCCUCGCGUACUUCCCGCACGCCCUCGAGAUUCUGCUGCACGAAGUCCUCGACGAGGAGGUAGAUUCUCAGCCCGCGCCGGAACACGCACUCCUCCCCUCGGUCCUGUCCUUCCUCGCGUCAUUCCCUAGUUACCUCGACAUCGUGGUCCAGUGCACGCGCAAGACGGAACUCCGCUCCUGGCGCACGCUCUUCAGCCACCUGCCACCGCCCGAGGAUCUCUUCGAGGAGUCCUUGCAGAAGGGGAGCCUCAAGACGGCAGGCGGGUAUCUGCUCGUGCUGCACACGUUCGAGGAGCUGCGCUCCACGGGGGACCAGGUUGUGCGGCUGCUGCAGCGCGCGAAGGCCGAGGGGGAUUGGGAGCUAUGCAAGGAGCUCGCACGCUUCCUCAUGGCGCUGGAUCCCGAGGGCGCGACGCUGAGGAAGACGCUUGAAAUGGUCGAACUGAAGUCCCCCACGGUAGAGGGGGGUCCGACAGCAUUUUCGUUCGAGACGGCGAGGCUUGGUGUUCCUAGAAGAGGCCGCAGGGCCAAUGGUGGGGGGUUGGGCAUUGGGUUUGCGCUCGGGGAGGGGAGUAGUGAGGGGGAGAGCAGUCGGGAGAGGAGCCCGGGGAGUGCGGUGAGUCCGGGGGAGAGCGCGGGUGGUCGGGGGUAUUUCGACCCUUGA